UUUUGAGAUGGAGUUUUGCUCUUGUAGCCCAGGCUGGAGUACAAUGGCGCGAUCUUGGCUCACCGCAAUCUCUGCCUCCCAGGUUCAAGCGAUUCUCCUGCUUCAGCCUUCCAAGUAGCUAGGAUUACAAGCAUGUGUCACCAUGCCCAGCUAAUUUUGUAUUUUUAGUAGAGAUGGGGUUUCUUCAUGUUGAUCAGGUUGGUUUCGAGCUCCUGAUCUCAGAUGAUCCACCUGUCUUGGCUUCCCAAAGGGCUAGGAUUACAGGCUUGAGCUACUGUGCAUAGCCCAUUUGCUAACAAUAUUAAUGUCCAGACAGGAUUGCCUUUAGAUACAUUCAAUAUUUCUAUAUUUAGUUUUGUAGGUUAGUUGAGGGUAUUAACUUGAAGGUGAAUCUCAAAUGAUAGUGAAUUACUAUUAAACCAGAAGAAUGGGUGUAUGAAUACAAAAUUUGAAAAGUGAUUUUUACGAAAAGGUAAUUCUAGAAUGGAGGAAAAGAUGAUUGUGGAGUGAUAUUGUCACUUAGUAUUUAUUUUAAUGUAAAUAUGAGUGGAUUUCUCAUUGGUAGUUAAAGUUCUUGCUCCAUUCUGAAUCUUCAUAUAGUUAACAUGUCUUUCAGUAGGUUUGUCUUUCUUCACAAGAUGUCUUCCACAAACUAGCAAGUAUCAUUUAAGGGACCUUAGAGACUUGUGGUCAGUCAAGGAUGCAAAUAGAUGAAAAUAUAAGAAAUAGUUUAUAUGGGUCCUGGAUGAGGCCACUACCAAUAUUUGUCUGAGAAUGCUGGAGGAUUUCACUUUUCUGUUGCUUUGAGAUAGCACAAUUGUGUGAUUUCCUUUGGCCAAUGAAAUGUGAAUGGUGUGUCACUUCCAAGCACAAUUAUGUAACUGCCAGUGAAAGACUUCUGCUCUCUUUUCCUGUUAUAGCAAUUACAUAAGCACUGGUUGACAUUGAGAUGCCGUAAAGUCAAAACAAUCUGGGAUGCUGAGCAAACAUGUGGAGAAAAGCUGUCAUAGGAAGUAUCCAAUAACACAAUUUUAUUUACAAGAAAUUAAAUUAUUAUUAUUUUAGAGGGAAAACUGAGCAUCAACUCACAACAGCAUAUGUAUUGGGGUCCCAAUGCCAUUAAGCUAAUGUGAACAGAACAAAUUUUAAAAGGAGAGAUUUUUUUUACAACAAGAAAUACAACUGUAGGAGAACAUUAUUAUUGAUAUUUUUUACCAAGACAUGUGACCGUUAAGCAGAUUAGGUAACUUGAAUUCCAUGAAAAAAAAAAAAAAACUACUGUUUUGCUUUUUUUUCUUAAAUAGCAGACAAAAAAUAAUAAAACUGAAAUAAGCUGAAAUUUAAAAUGUCAUAGAUAUUCCUUCUUUUUUCUUGCUUAGCAUCCAUUCCCCUUGUUGUUUUCUUCUUCUGGGGUCUUGCAGCAGUUUUGUGGAAGACUAGGUUGAAGGUUUUGCAACAACAAUGAGUGCUUGGAUAUGCAAAUGUGGAAUACACAGUUGCGUAGACAGAUGCAAAGGGUAUAAUUUUAGCAAUAGAUACUCUGUUUCCUUGGGCUGAUGCAAUGAAUUACCAUAGCCUUGGUGGCUUAAAAUAACAGAAAUUUAUUCUCUUACAGUCUCUGUAAGAAUAAACCUCUUCUCUCUUACAAAGGCCAGAAGUCCAAAAUCAAGGUGUUGCCUGGACCACAUUUCUUCUGAAGAUUUUAGGGGAACAUUUUUUUCUUGCAUCUUCCAGCUUUUGGUAGCUCUUGGCAUUGCUUGGCUUGUGGCAGCAUAACUCUAGUUCCUGCCUUUGUCUUCACAUUUAUUUCUUUCCUGUGUUACUAUAUGCCUUCUCUUUUUCUGUCUUUUAAAAGGGGCAACCAUCAUUGGAUGUAUGGCCUUCUCUAAUCUAGGAUGAUCUCAUACCAAGAUCCUCACAUUUAUUAUAUCUGCAAAGAACUUUGUUCCAAAUACCAUCACUUUCUGAGAUUCUGAGCAUAUAUGUCUUUUGGGGUAUCUUUGACCCACUACAGGUACCAAGAGAUAUCAGGGGGAGGAGGGAUAUUUGCUGAGCUUGGCUGAUUAGUCUCUUCCCCAUUGUGGGGGAAAUGUACUUGCAUAUCUGGCAACAGUACUCUAUCUCCAGGGGAGGGAGAGAAGUAUUCUAGAUUCUCAGAAAUCCUAAAUAACAACACAAAAUGUCCUUAUACCCCCACAUAUGUCAUUCUGAAAAUCCAGUACAAUUACUUUAUAAGAUUUCAGAAAUUGUCUCAAGCAAGCCAUGUUUCCUGAAGCUAGUAUCUGGAUUCUUGGUAUAAUUCCUUUAUGUGUCCACAGUGGUCAAUGUUGGCCAUGAUUAAAUAAUGCUUACUGGGUAUCAUAUGUAUGCAGUUGCUUUGCAAACCACCUAAUGCUGUAAUGCUCAGUUCUGUAGCUAUCUGCAACUAGUUUAAGCUCAAGGAGAACUUUUCAGUUCACAUAAGAACCAACCUCCCACUUUUCAGUUCACAUAAUUUAGGUGGAACUGAUUUCAUUUUCUGGCUUCAAGAAUGAACAAGUGAACCAUGUCUAGCCAAUGUGAGAACAAUCACAAUUAUUGACUAAAGGAAAUUUAUGUCAUCCAAACUGGGCUGUAGGAAGUAAUAUCCAGGAUUUUUGCUGGACUAUUAGAAAAGGGCACUUUCUGGUAAGAGUCACUACACUGGUAGUUUGUAGUCUAAAAAGCUACUUUGGCCAUUUUGCCAGCACAUGGAAAAGUUUAACUGAGAAGGUCAGCAGAGGAAAAGGAGUUAUAAAUGUGGAGAUUAUUUUCCUUAUAGAAUUAUGGAAGGGUGUAGACCCAGUUCUGCCUGAAACCAGUAAUUAAUUACCCAUUUUUAAGUACAAGCCAAUAAGUGAUCCUCUGGUUUAUUUUUGCUUAAAUCAGUUAUAAGUAUGAUUAAUAUAGUUAUUAAUAUAAUUAGAGUAUGAAUAAUCAGUUAUGAAUAUGAUUAGAGUGUGAUUAAUAUAAAUAUAGACUUCCAUAGAUGGUACAAAUAAGUAUCUUAAGAUACUGUACACAAGGGAAAAAUUGUUAUUGGGAAAAAAGCUAGCUUUUCUUAACAAGAGCUUUGCUUUUCUCUUAUGGGCAUUGCACAUUUUGCAAUUAAUUUUACUUUUCUCUUUGCUCUAGGAAGUUGAAAACAAAAUUUGUGACAUGCUUAGAGUAACUGAGAGUGACCCUUUAUUAGGCGUUUUGUAUGCUCUCCUACUUCUUGAUUCAUUUUAUUUCAUCAUCAUCUUAUCUUUAUUGUAUUUUCAUUUUAUUUUUUUACUAUGACGGGAUCAGCUAAAAAUUAACAAAAGAAAAUAUUCUCAAGUAAUAAACACUAAAAAAGAGAUCAAUUAUAUUGUUCUAGCAUAAAAGUCUAAAUCUAACAGAAAAGGAAAUAUUCUAAAUUAGUAAUCAUUAUCCAAAUGAGAAAAAAACAUUAAUUUCCAAACAUCUGCAAACAAUUAAAAAAUAAAAAUUAAAUCACAAAACAACGGUAUAUAUACGUAUAUUUUCAAUGAACUAAAACACCUUUGAUUACUCCGUUCUUCAUUUGAAGAAACAGUGGGAAAUAAUAUAUCCAAAAGCAUUGACAUCAGAGUCUCGAAGAAGUAUUUGCACACCCAUGUUCAUGGCAGCAUUGUUCACAACAGUCAAGAGAUGGAAGCAAUUCAAACGUCCACGGAUGCUUGAAUAAAUGAACAAAACCUGGUGUAUAUGUAAUGAAUUAUCAUUCAACCUUAAAAAGGAACGAAAUCCUGUCACAGGUUACAACAUGGAUGAACCUUGAGGACAUGGUGCGAAGUGAAAUAGGCCAGUCCCAAAAAGACAAAUACUAUAUGAGACCACUUAUAUGAAAUAUCUAAAGUAGUCAAAAUUCAUAGAAAUAGAAAAUAGGACUGUGGUUACCAGAGACUGGAAUGAGGGUGAAAAGGGGAGUUGUUGUCUAAUGGGUAUAGAAUUUCUGUUUUCCCAAAAUGUAAAAUUUAUAACAAUGUGAAUAUACUUAACAUUACUGAAAUGUACCCUUAAUCAUAGUUAAUAUGGUAAUUUAUAUGUUGUGCAUUUUUACCAGAGUGAAAAAGGGUAAAAAGCUAAUAUAUUUUAGGGCUUAAAAUAGGUAUUUUUCAAAGAUGAAAGUUAUGAGUAAACUUAGACCAGAAAAUUGACUAAUUUUAAAUCUACGGAAUAAACGGUAGAGCCACAUGAUGUCGCUGUCUUCCAUAGAGUGUUCUCUAGGAAAGAAAAUACCCAGAGCCCCUUUGUUACUCCAGAGAAGCGGAGGAAUAGGGAAGCAGCAGGACUUUAACAGGGAUUAGAAUAGUUAAAUUUUUGCAAAACAUGCUCUUCUAAUUUGAUCAAAUCACUGAGGAUUGGCAAUGGCGUCUUCUACCAGAAGGGCCCGAAAGGCCUGGACUCGGCUGCUCUGGCUUCUUCUCUUCUCAUUCUGGGAGGUGGGGAGCGGUCAGCUCCACUACUCUGUCUCUGAGGAGGCCAAACACGGCACAUUCGUGGGCCGCAUCGCGCAGGACCUGGGGCUGGAGCUGGCUGAGCUGGUGCCGCGCCUGUUCCGGGUGGCGUCCAAAACACACGGGGAACUUCUGGAGAUAAAUCUGCAGAAUGGCAUUUUGUUUGUGAAUUCUCGGAUCGACCGCGAGGAGCUGUGCGGACAGAACGCGGAGUGCAGCAUCCACCUGGAGGUGAUCGUGGACAGGCCGCUGCAGGUUUUCCAUGUGGACGUGGAGGUGAAGGACAUUAACGACAACCCGCCAGUAUUUCCAAUGGCAGUAAAGACUAUCCGGUUUUUCGAAUCGAGGCUGGUUGACUCUCGGUUUCCUCUAGAGGGAGCAUCUGAUGCAGAUACGGGAGUAAACGCUCUUCUCUCCUACAAGCUCAGCCCCAGUGAGUUUUUCUUCCUAGAUAUACAGACAAAUGAUGAACUAAGCCAAUCUUUGUCUCUCGUUCUGGGGAAAUCGCUGGACAGAGAGGAAACUGCCGAGAUGAAUUUGUUACUGGUGGCUACUGAUGGGGGCAAACCUGAGCUCACGGGCACCGUUCAAAUACUUAUUAAGGUAUUAGAUGUAAAUGACAAUGAACCAACUUUUGCCCAAUCAGUUUACAAAGUAAAAUUGUUAGAGAAUACUGCAAAUGGGACCUUAGUAGUUAAAUUAAACGCUUCUGAUGCAGAUGAAGGAUCAAACAGCGAGAUUGUGUAUUCACUGAGUAGUGAUGUGUCCUCCACUAUACAGACUAAGUUUAAAAUAUAUCCCAGCUCAGGAGAAAUCAGAACUAAGGGAAAAUUAGAUUAUGAAGAAUCAAAAUCCUACGAGAUUCAGGUCACUGCAACUGACAGAGGAACCCCGUCAAUGUCGGGACAUUGUAAAAUUUUAUUAAAACUUGUGGACAUCAAUGAUAACACACCGGAAGUCUCAAUAACGUCUCUCUCACUUCCCAUCUCAGAGAACGCUUCCCUGGGCACCGUCAUUGCUCUAAUCACGGUGUCGGAUCGCGACUCUGGCCCUAAUGGACGAGUCACCUGCUCCCUGACGCCACACGUCCCAUUCAAGCUGGUGUCCACCUUCAAGAAUUACUACUCAUUGGUGCUGGACAGCGCCCUGGACCGCGAGAGCGUGUCAGCCUAUGAGCUGGUGGUGACCGCGCGGGACGGGGGCUCGCCUUCGCUGUGGGUCACAGCCAGCGUGUCUGUGGAGGUGGCCGACGUGAACGACAACGCUCCGGCGUUCGCGCAGCCCGAGUACACGGUGUUCGUGAAGGAGAACAACCCGCCGGGCUGCCACAUCUUCACUGUGUCUGCGUGGGACGCAGACGCGCAGGAGAACGCGCUGGUGUCCUACUCGCUGGUGGAGCGGCGGGUGGGCGAUCGCGCGCUGUCGAGCUACGUGUCGGUGCACGCGGAGAGCGGCAAGGUGUACGCGCUGCAGCCGCUGGACCACGAGGAGCUGGAGCUGCUGCAGUUCCAGGUGAGCGCGCGCGACGCGGGCGUGCCGCCUCUGGGCAGCAACGUGACGCUGCAGGUGUUCGUGCUGGACGAGAAUGAUAACGCGCCGGCACUGCUGGCGCCUAGGGCUGGCACCGCUGCCGGCGCGGUGAGCGAGGUAGUGCCGUGGUCAGUGGGUGCUGGCCACGUGGUGGCGAAGGUGAGGGCAGUGGAUGCUGACUCAGGCUACAACGCGUGGCUUUCCUACGAGCUGCAGCUGGGGACUGGCAGCGUGCGCAUUCCGUUCCGUGUGGGGCUGUACACGGGAGAGAUCAGCACGACACGUGCCCUAGACGAGGCGGAUUUACCUCGCCACCGCCUACUCGUGCUAGUGAAGGACCACGGUGAGCCGGCGCUGACAGCCACGGCCACGGUGCUGGUGUCGUUGGUGGAAAGUGGCCAGGCACCCAAGGCCUCGUCGCGGGUGUGGGUGGGCACCGCAGGCUCAGAGGCUGCGCUGGUGGAUGUCAACGUGUACCUGAUCAUCGCCAUCUGCGCGGUGUCCAGCCUUUUGGUGCUCACGCUGCUGCUGUACACGGCGCUACGGUGCUCGGUGCCGCCCAACGAGGGUGCGUGCGCGCCGGGAAAGCCCACGCUGGUGUGCUCCAGCGCGGUGGGGAGCUGGUCUUACUCGCAGCAGAGGCAGCAGAGGUGUGCUCUGGAGAGGACCCGCCCAAGACAGACCUCAUGGCCUUCAGCCCCAGCUUAUCUCAAGGUCCAGAUUCCACAGAAGAGAGACAGCUCUCAGAAUCAGAAUAUGUAGGAAAGCCACGACAGCCCAACCCUGACUGGCGUUACUCUGCCUCCCUGAGAGCAGGCAUGCACAGCUCUGUGCACCUAGAGGAGGCUGGCAUUCUACGGGCUGGUCCAGGAGGGCCUGAUCAACAGUGGCCAACAGUAUCCA